AUGAGUGCCACCCACGAGGUGAUCGAGCUGCUCAGCAGCAGUGACGAGGCAUCUUCAGGGCUGCAUCGGUUAGCCAGGAGGAAGCUGCGCACGAACGCGCAACUUAAGCCUGGACAUCAUCCCCCACCACCUUCCUCGGGUGAUGCUCGGGGCAACACUAGAGUUCGGAGGACGAGGAUGAGUUCACGUAGAAGCGAAGCCAGUCAGGAGAGUCAGGGGAGUGAAACAAGAAUGGAACACCCAAAGCAAUUGCGCCGUCCACCGCAGCUGAAACAAGCUAAAGUUGCACCAACAACAGCUACCGGUGCUUUGACAAGAUCGAGUCGUCAAGGUCGUGGUGGAGAGACGCAGCAGAUCAAGGAAGCUAUGAGCUUUUGCGAGCUCCAGGCUCAGGAGCAGAUGAUGGCGCGCUUUCAAGCGCAGAAUCGUAAAAAAACACCAGACAAGCAGAAAGAGCCGAGCAGUACUUCCGUGGCAGCUGGUCAAGUAGCUAGAAAAUCUGGACGAUUGAAAGGGAAGAAUGGGGUCACUGCCUUGCAGGCAAAGAAGGGAGCGGCUCAACAGAGUCAUGCAAAGAAAGGUCAAAAGCCGGUCUUUUCGGUGCGCGUGGGUGAUGAGCAGUACGACAGCGUGUACGACGAGGAAGAGGAGAGAGAGCAGGCUGAAAGGGUCUUUUGUACGGAAACCCCGGUGCGACGAGAAAAAUGUUUGCGGAAGCAGAAGUGGGGAACUAAACGUGGGGUCACGUGGGCGUCGGAAAGCGGUUGUAAGAGUAUGGACAAGGUAUCAGUCUCUCGAAAAAGUGGCGACGAUCAUCCCAAGUCAGGUCGGAAACAACGAGGAGUCCAAAACAUGGCUUUUGUUACGAGACCUGAGCAGCAGCAAACUACAGCAGGGCGCAAACAGAAGCAGCAAGCUUUCUCAAUGACACGACAAAGUGACUCGAGUCAAGCGGAUGAGCAGGAAAGCGAACAGGAAAGUGUGCAGGAGAGUGGUGAGCCUAGUGGCAAAGAAAGCGAAGAUAACGAAGCUGAGGUAUCCACACUGCCAAGGUACUGGCGUCAGGAGAAGGCGCCUUCACAGUCAAAGUCGAAGUCAAAGGCUAUUUUCGUUCGGUCCACAGCGGUGCAUUUGAAAAAGCGGUCGCGUGAAAAGUUAGCGUCUGUUUUGCCGCCGCGAGAUGUUUGUGCUUCUGAAGCUGCUGAACACACUGCUCAAGAUGACACGAGUGCAGCGGAGUCUGUGCCGGGAAUAUUGUCCUGGGAGUUGCAAGAACAGGAAAAAAUGUUUUCACGGUUACGUGCUCAAAAGAAAAGUGUUUCAUCUGAUGUGUCGUCUACAGACCAGAAAAAGAGGCAUUACGCAUGCGGUCCAACCAGCGCGGAUAUGACGAACGGUAGCAGCUGUCGUGCUCGAAUGGGUGGAUACCAGAAGAAAACGUACAGUAUCCCAUCUUUGUCAUCCUCUUUCUCUCCGCCGCGCUCUCGAAAUGGAUUUCCCGCAUCAGAUGCGAAAUCCGUGGCUGGCGCUGAGUCCACAGUACCACCUGUAGAGAUCCCGACGACUCCGGUGGUACAUUCGACAACCUGGCGACGCCUAGUUAUUGAGAAAGCACCUCCUAAUAUUAUAGUUGGUACAUCGGCAAGUCCGUAUGCCUAUGGAUUUGACAGACCGCUUUGGACAUAUGACACAACAGGACUGCUCGAAGAGGAAUGCAAAUUCAGAGCAGUGGGUUUGGGCACUGCUACAACAGAGGUCAAUAUCGAGAACCAGCCGCCAAGUCAAUCUGAAGUCAAUGUCCAAGUACGAUACUUGGUGUCUCAGGAGCUGUUACGCAUUCAAAAGUACCAUGUGCAGCGAGUGCGCCAUACUUUGAGAAGUAUGCGACAACAGCUGGCCGAAUAUUUCAAGAGUCUUCAGGAGCUGCGUAGUGAAAGAUGUAGAAGGUUGCGGUGGUUGGAGAUUGCGAACUACCGCACCUGGUCAGAUGUUUCUGUGGGUGAGCGUGUUACAGCCAAACGUUUGUUGCAAAAUUCUAUGCAUAUAGGUCUGCCGUACAAUUGUUUAGUCGGCGCCGUGCGGUACUAUGUUCAGCAGGACAAGCCGCCUUUCGAAUCUGUGGUGCACCCGGAAACUGUCAUCUAUUUGCCCAACGAUAUUACUGCCAUUUGCCAGUCUUUCACCAUGAUCGGUAUUCGUAAAAAUGCUUUUGUCGAGGAGGAUCCAAUCUUGCGGUAUGUGCCCUACCUAGGCGAUGGGCAAGAAAUGGUCAUUGACAAUGAUCUCUACUCGGGAACAACGAUGAGUAGAGAGCGUCAAAUUGCGGUGUUUGGAGAGGGCACAGAGCUAAAUGUCAUAAAACCUAGUGCGCGGGAUGAUGAAAUAUUGGAGUGCAUCUUGCGAGUUGUCGUUGAAAAAUGUGGAACGUCCGAGCACGUGUUUCGGGCGCUCGAGGAGGCCGGCUUUAGUCAGCCGCGCAUUGACUACUUGGGAAUGAAAGAACAAGCUAGAGCCACAGAAGUUACUGCUGUACGAAUCGCAAAGGUAAAGGAACUCGUUGCUGUACAAAAGAAAUCAUUUACAACUGAACAAAGUGGAAAUACUGUCGCCGGAACGAAUGCUUGUAGAGCCCUAUACAACCUGGCGCAGCAUCAAUGGUUUUUACAGAACACAUCAGAGCACCAAUCGUUAGGUGUCAGACUACAGCCGCCGUUGUCCGUUUUCGAGUCCAAUUAUGCUGAUGCUCCAGAAGCGCACGGUAUACGCGAUCGCGCUACCUAUGAAGGCCUGGUUGAAUGGCACCGAGAUCUGUUCUGCCGGCGCUGCUAUUCGUACGACUGUUCUGAGCACGGUAUUCAGAAUCCUCAGCGAAGUGCUCGUGCCGAUCCUAUCUAUCCGAUGGUAUUUGCACUGGACGUUCUGCUUGCCGGACAAGAAACGAUGAGCCGAGAAAGCGACCUGGGUGCUGACGAGUGCAGUCCAAAGGAUACAAUGCUAUCUUUAGAAAGUGAAGAGGCUAUAGUACUUGCAGGCAGUGAUUCAUCUUCAUCUUUGGACGAUGACGCGCAGAAUAACACGAACCAGCCAAUAUUGGUAGACCAGCCUUCUCCGCAACCUGCUGCACUCAACCGCCGAUCAGGGCGGACACAGACUCGAAUUAGCUCAUUAGCUAGCAAGAGUCUGCAGUCCCAGGAAAAAAUGCUAGAAAUUCAACGACUUGCGAAUUUGGAGAGGCAAAGAAAGCGCCGUGAGAAGUUUUCGCGAGCUCCAGAUAACUCGGAGUACCUAGAUGAUGCGUACAUUCCUGCCGUCACAGCUACGCAGCAAAUGCUGCUGUCCGAGACCCAGCCUUGUGGUCCUUUCUGUAGGCUGUCAGCGGGUGAUAUAGACCAAAGGGAUAGCUGCGGACCAAUGAGGCGCAUUGAUGCUGUGCUAGUUCGGAAACUCGCGGCAACGCUUGGGCCUAAUGCAUGCAUGCUUUCAGCGAUGGUUCGAAGCCCAUGGUGCACCUGUGCACAGAUUUUCAAUUUUUUGACGGAAGAGAAAAAACGAAAUAAUAGUGGAGAUCACUCAGGAAAUGAAAACAACUUGCUAAUGGCCACACAAAGACAGCAAAAAGGCCGACACAGUGCUGUUGCUGGUUUAAAUAGGUCGCUAUCGAAGCGUGCUCGUGAACAUCGUAGCUUUGACCACGAGAAAAAGUUGAGCUACGAGCCAUGCAAUCACGAAGGAGUAUGUGAUGGAACAUGUCAGUGUACUCAGCGCGGCCACUCGUGCAACAAGACCUGUUCAUGUUCGCGUGAGUGCCCCAAUCGGUUCCAAGGAUGUAAAUGUUCAGCUGGCAAAUGCUGCACGUUAGCAUGUCCGUGCUACACUGCUGGACGAGAGUGUGAUCCCGAUUACUGUUUUCAUUGUGGAGCCAGUGACGCAGCAGUGAUGGCUUUCCACCCUACCCUGAGCUCUCAAAGUUGCUACGACCUCCACAUUUGCUGCAACGUGAAUAUGCUGCGAAACAGUUUCCAGAAGAAGAUAUGUGUUGCUUUUUCUGCGACACACGGGUGGGGAGCGUUCGCGCUGGAGCCGAUUCGCAAGGACGAGUUUGUGCUAGAAUAUACCGGCGAGUUAAUCACGGACGAAGAGGCGGAACGGCGAGGUGCUAUCUACGACCGCAAGUUUGUGAGCUAUUUGUUUGGCGUGAACAGCGAGUACGUAGUUGACGCGGCAAGAAAAGGUAACAAGGCCAAGUUUGCUAAUCACCGGACGAAAAAAAAGGCGAACAUGAAUGUAAAGGUUAUCGUUUCCAAUGGAGAGCACCGGAUCGGGCUGUUCGCUCGAGAGGCGAUUGAGGUGGGCGCUGAGCUGUUCUUCGAUUAUGGCUAUACACAUGACAGCGCCCCGAAUUGGAGCCAUCAUGGCAGGUCGAUGUCCGAGCAGUUUGUCUGUGAUGUUAUCGACGACGAGAACGAGUUGGAACAAUAA